AUGAAAUUCAAUAGAACUGAAGAUACCAGUAGCACAUUUCAGACUCGAGUUAUUGUCGGUGUGCUGAUCAUGGUGAACUUUGGCAAUUCGAUCAUUAUCUCUCUAGAGGCGUUGGGUCCCAACUUGGUUCUGUCCUUGGUGACUUCCGUUGUCAACACUGUAAUCGUCACACUUGCCCUAUAUGGGAUUUUCGCCUUCAAACCAAUUUUUGUCACACCCAACGUUAUCGCCAAAAUAUCACUGUCAUCGGCGGCGCUGUUCCACGGUAUGCAAAAGGCCGAGUCAGACGAUUCGACUUCCGUCUUCCACUUCCUCUGGUUGCUGACGUCGGUUUGCCUGUUCAUAUGGGAAAUUCAUGCCAUGUUUAGCACCACCUUCGGCAUCAUGAAGGAAAUGAAACUACGCGCAUACAGUAAACCACCACCAAGUUACAAUCAGGUACUUCAGAAUUUUCUUCUUUUAAUACUUUUAAAGUAG